CAUUAUGGAUAAUCCACCAUCUGAUGAUGAUUAUGACAAAUGGGGGGAGGCGGUUGGUUUAGACGAUGAUCACACAAAUGCCUUUGGUGACAUGGUUGAUGGACCAACCGAGGUUGGAGCAGGGAAGAAAAAUGUCAGGGGCGCAUGCGUUAAUAAGGUACUUCAAAAGUAUCGGGCUGAAGGUAAAAAAAUGGAGGUUGAGUACAACAUGUGGGGUCAGCCCAUUAAUGAGUCGGGAGACAUACAAGUGAGCACGAAUGGUGCAUAUGUGCGUCGAAACAUCCCUUUAAAGUAUAAUGAUUGGCUUAAAGUGCCAAAAUUCUAUAAAGACAGGCUAUGGAAUUACAUUGAGAGUUCAUUUGAUAUUGGGGGGGAAACUAGAGCUUCUAUCUUAAAAACAGCUGGAGAGUUACUCAAGAGUUGGAGAACAAAAUUAACCAGCCAACUCAUCUACAAAUAUAAAGAUGAAGCCCCUGAACUUCUCGAACAUCCUCCAAAGCAUUAUCUUAGUUGCUAUGACGAGAAGCAAUGGAAGAGUUUUGUUGCUUCCAGAUUAACUCCUGAGUGGGAAAAGAAGAGAGCAAAAGCACAAGCCAUUAGAGCUAAAAAUAUGUACAACCAUAGAACGGGACGGGGUGGUGCGAAAAAGGUCGAGACAGAAAUGGAGAAAGAGUUGGGCCACCAACUCACUGAGUUUGAUAGAUCUGACAUAUGGAUGAGAAUGCACACCAACAAAAAGGGUGAGAUCGAAGGCCCUACCAAGGAGGUCGCUGAUCGAAUUGUUGAAUAUCGCAAGCAAGUUGAGGAGGGCACAUUGGUGGAGGAAGGAAAGAAAGACAUACUCUCGUUAGCCUUGGGGACAGAUGAGCACGCUGGACGUGUUAGAGGGAUGGGACGUGGCGUCACCCAAACCCAAUUUUUCAAGACCCCAUGCCCUAGAAGAAAGAAUGAGAGUAGAGACAAUAGUCGCAUAGCUGAGCUCGAGAGGCGACUUUCUCAGUAUGAGGAACAGAUGAAUGAACUCCUCCAAGCAUUCAGGUCUCAACAAAGUAACACUUGUGGUACUUCUCAUGCAUCUGGUUCAGCUGUUGGAGGAGCAUCCAAUGAACCACCAACAGUAAGCAGAGCCUAUUCUCCACCACCGCCCUCAGCUCAAUUUGUCAAGGCAUCUGCUCGACCCCAUGCACCUCUUAUGGGGGCAUCUGCUCCACCCCCAGUGCCUCCUCUCAGGGCAUCUACUCCACCCCAGCGCCUCCUCUCAAGGCAUUUACUCCACGCCCAGCGCCUCCUCUCAAGGCAUCUACGCCACGCCUAGCACCUCCUCUUACGGCAUCUACUCCACCAACACCAGCACCUUCGGUUACAUCGAAGAAGAAAUUAAAGUGCAACCUGCACGUGGAAGAUCGCUCCAUGAAUAAGCCACCCCUAGUUGCAACUGGGCACGUAGUAAUACAACCAAAACUUGAGAAGUUGAGAGUAGAUGGAAAAGAGUACGAUGACACCUAUUCUUGUGUUUUCAUCGAGAAAAUUAUUAAACAUAAUGCUCUACUCCCACAGCCGCUUGAACAACAAGGCUUUCGCAUAGUGGGAGAGGCAAUUGGGUGCUAUGUUGCUUGGCCAAGGGCAUAUAUAGUGUUAGAAAAAUCUAAUCAAGAAACGAUAAUCAUUGUUCGUGGUUUAGAGUUAUUUGAUUUACCAAUUAAUAUUGCUAAAUCUAACUUUGGAAUGUUUUUUUUUUGUUCUAGGUGAGACCAGCAAAAAAGGCACGCACAGAUAACCCUCUAGGUCCACCGACUCAAGAUCUUAAACAUCCUUUGAGGCCAUCAAAACUCUCAGUGACUCGUUACCCUAAGCCUGGUCUUACAACAACACUAAAAAAGCUUACAACAAUGGUGAUGGGAUGGCCAGACAUGUAUGCACCACAAAUUAAAAUUGCAGAUGAUGUGUUCAGAGUUGAAAAUGAUAGUACUUGGAUAAUGAAGGAGGACAUCCUUGAUUUUUGCGACUUGGAUAAGAUUGGGGCUACAGUUAUGUCUCUCUGGUGCAGCUAUUGGGAGACCCGGUUUCUCAAUCAUUCUGGACUAAACAAGGUUUAUGCAUUUCUUAACCCAUCUUGGGUAGGCAACAAAGCUGGGUCAUAUGCAAAACGUGUGACCAAUUUAUCUUAACGGUUGAGUGACAUAGACCCUAAUCAGUUUCUAGUUAGUCCGUGGAUUGAUAGCAAGCACUGGAUGGUUAUUCUUAUCCAGCCGUCCUCACAGAGGGUGGCAUUUUUGGAUCCACUCAAUGGUCUAAUGCCUGGAGACAUCGAGAAAGUUGUCAAAGAAGCAUUGAUGAAAUACAACCUUCAGAAUAGUAAAAAGGCAAAUAGUAGACCGAAUAUCACUUACCACAAGUGUCGGCUUCAGCCCGAUAUUGUUCAAUGUGGAUAUUACUGCAUGAAGUUUAUUCAAGAGCUUAUGACUGUGCCAAAUCCAACACGUCACUUGGCCACUAAGUAUAACAUUGAUACCCCGUACACACCUGACGAAAUCAAUAUACUUCGGGAUGAAUGGGCGGAAUUCCUUCAACUCGAGCUCACUAAACCAACGCAACAUUGAAGCUUUGGAACUUUUUUGUGUAGGACAUACUUUUGUUAUUGUAAUGAGUUAGUAUAAACAUAGUACUUUGUUAUACUAACUGAUUUAAGUAUAAGUACUUUGUGAAGUUAAAAUUUUUAUGGUAUAAGUAUUUUAUUAUUUAA